GAACUUCCUACUUUAGGCUCACUUUAUGUCAACAAAGCAGCGGAGUCUAACGCGACGUGGAUCUAAAACCCGGACUCUGGUUUCCGCUCCUGUUCCGGUAAAAGUGUUUAUUUCUUUUCUUUGUACCGUUAAAAUGACUUUUCACGGACUCCUCUCGGCGGUUCUGGUUCCAGUUUGUUGGCUGUUGGUGUCCGUGGCGGAGGAUGUGCCCGAGCCCGUCGCACUCACCGCCGGCACCGCGGCGUCCCGACCCGCGGUGACCAACUCCAGCCGGGUGAACUCGACGGUGAGCGGCGGCGGGCGGGGCGGCUCCAGGGGGCUCUUCAACGGCCUGAACGUGGACAGCUCCAUGAUCCAGCGGGCCCUGUACGUCCUCAUCGGCAUCACCAUGAUCGGAGUCCUCUACUUCCUCAUCCGAGCCGUGCGGCUGAAGCGUCCGGCCCAGAGGAAGAAGUACGGCCUGCUGUCCAACUACGACGACUCGGUGGAGAUGGACGGGAUGGAGAGCGAGGAGGACGACACGCUGUAUGAAGCUCGCAGCCUCCGCAGAUGAGACGGAUCAGACGAGCGGAUAUCAGCUGUGAGCGAGCGAGAGCGCGAGAGAGAGAGAGAGAGAGAGAGGACCAAUGGUUGCUGGAGGAGAAACAUGGACCAAUCAGUUAUUGAGAAAUGCCAAAGCUGCUCGACGGACCCGAGCAGGAUAAUCUUUAUUUUUUGAAGGUGGUGUGUUAUGAUUAUAAUGUCAGAGAGGCUUUUUCUUCUUCUGGUCUUUUCAUUCAGACUGUGUGCUUUAACUACUGUAAGGGGAUCAGCUGAUAAACCGGACUCUGACCCUCCACUCCACACACACACACACUCACACACACACUCUGCACACACACACACUCUGCACACACACACACACUCACACACACACACACACACACCUACACACACACUCUGCACACACACACACACUCUGCACACACACUCUGCACACACACACACACCUACACACACACUCUGCACACACACACACUCUGCACACACACACACACACACUCUGCACACACACACACACUCUGCACACACACACACUCUGCACUCACACACUCACACACACACACCUACACACACACACACACUCUGCACACACACACUCUACACACAGACACACACUCACACACACACACUCUGCACACUCACACACUCACACACACACUCACACACUCUGCACACACACACACACACUGCACACACACACACACACACACACACACACUCACACACUCUGCACACACACACGCACACACUCACACACUCUGCACACACACACACACUCUGCACACACACACACACUCUGCACACACACACACACACACACACACACACACACACACACACACACACACACACACACACUCACACACACACACACACACUCUGCACACACACACACACUCUGCACACACACACACACUCUGCACACACACACACACUCUGCACACACACACACACUCUGCACACACACACACACUCUGCACACACACACACUCUGCACACACACACACACACACUCUGCACACACACUCACACACUCUGCACACACUCACACACUCUGCACACACACACACACUCUGCACACACACACACACACACACACACACACUCUGCACACACACACACACACACACACACACACUCUGCACACACACACACACACACACACACGUCUCAUAGCGUCACUAUCGGCUCUCAGUGUUUUUUUUAACCUGCAGCGUUUCUUCACACUUCGUUCUCGUGGCGUCGGGAUGAAACGAGGAGUCGCAGUAGAUCUUCCUCUGAAGGACUCUGUGGUCCGAUGUGGACUCCAGAGUCCCGUUGCACCAGCUCUGAACAAUAACAGCAGUGACCUCUAGUGGUGACAUCUGUAACUACACCAUCAGGUCAUUUAACGCUCCUCUGUGAUUGGACGAUGAAAUGAGCUCAUGGUAAACUAAAGCAGGAGUCAAAACAAAGUCAUCAAACAUUCCUGAGGGACGUAAUCGACCACGCUGCUGUUACCAUGACAACCAGUAAAAACACUCUGCUCCUCCAACGCAUCACACCUUUAGAACACCAUCACCAUGACAACCGAGGACGUCACACCUACCAGGAGCUCGAUGUCAGGGUUGGAGCGACCUCCGCUGGUGACACGGCUGAACGAACGGCGUCCUGAGUCAGAGGUCACUUUCAAACUAGACGACGACUGAGCGCACUCGGAGCUGGUGCAACCCGACGCUGUUUAAUUUAUUUAUAUCUCCAAAUACUGUGUCCCGUCUGCAGAGAGAGGGGGCGGAGCUUAAAGGAGAAUCCUACUUUUAGAUAUUUAUGUCAUGAAUACCAAACGCCAUCGACGGAAGCGGUGAGAAUAAGAGAGUCGUUUCUCUACCGUCUGAUGAUCAGACUCAGACCUGAUCAGGGACCGGUCCCUGGACUCUGGUCCGGUCUUCCCCGGUCCCGUCCCUGGACUCUGGUCCGGUCUUCCCCGGUCCCGUCCCUGGACUCUGGUCGCUGACUCUGAAGUUCUCUAAAGUUAUUGAAAUAUAAAAACAUGCAGUAAGAAGUAACGGAGAAGUGGGCGUGGUCAACAGACUGUUGACUUCUUGCAGGCGCUCCGAGCACACAGUCAGCGUUUUACACGAGGACACGAGGCCGUCUUCAGUUUGGACCCAAAAGCUAAAAAAUGACGUCAGCAGCUGUUUAGGCUCCGCCCCCUCUCUCAGCGGCUCAACACGUUAUUCAUCAGUGCCAUAAAAAGAACGUUUUGAAAGUUAAAACAUGAAUUCUUCUUUCUGAUUCUUUCACAAUAAAACAUUUGUACAAAUCUA